CCACAUUUAUGAUUGUGUGGCUGUGCUGCUGUGAGAAGAGGUGAAAGGAGUCAUAGUCUGCCAGUGGAUACAGGUGCAGAUGCGGCGGGCCAUGAGUGGAAUACUGAAGAGGAAAUUUGAGGAGGUGGAAGCCUCCUCCUCCCCGUGCUCUUCCUUGCGGGAGUCUGAUGAUGAGGUCUCCUGCAGUGAGAGUGGGGAUAGCAGUGACAGUGUCAACCCCUCUGCCUCAGGCCCUUUCACCCCUGACUCGAUACUGAAGAGAGAGAAGCGCCUGCGGACAAGGAGGGUGCAUUUUGAGAAUGUGACAGUGUACUACUUCAGCCGGCGGCAGGGCUUCACCAGCGUGCCCAGCCAGGGAGGCAGCACACUGGGCAUGUCCAACAGGCACAGCUGGAUCAGGCAGUACUCCCUGGGUGAAUUUGCUGUGGAGCAGGAGAGGAUCCACAGAGACAUGCUCAGAGACCACCUGAAGGAAGAGAAACUCAAUUCAAUCAAACUCAAGCUGACUAAGAAUGGCACGGUGGAGUCUGAAGAGGCCAACACGCUCACGGCAGAGGACAUUUCUGACGACGACAUCGAUCUGGACAACACAGAGGUAGACGAGUACUUCUUCCUGCAGCCUCUCACCACUAAAAAGCGUCGGGCACUGCUGCGCUCCUCGGGGGUAAAGAAGAUUGACGUGGAGGAGAAACAUGAACUGCGAGCAAUCCGGAUGUCCAGAGAGGACUGCGGCUGUGAUUGCAGAGUCUUCUGUGACCCAGAGACUUGUGCCUGCAGCAUUGCAGGGAUCAAGUGCCAGGUGGACCGUAUGUCAUUUCCAUGUGGCUGCACAAAAGAGGGCUGCAGCAAUUCAACCGGGAGAGUGGAGUUUAAUCCCAUCCGUGUUCGGACCCAUUUCUUGCACACCAUAAUGAAGCUGGAGCUGGAGAAGAGCCGCGAGCAGCAGCAGGCGUCCCCCACCAAUGGUUACCAUAGCGAAACUAACGACCUGGGAGGCGGAAACCCUCUGGUUCAGUCCCAGCACAGGUUGGAGUACUCCCUGUCAGACGCCGUUCCACAGACAGCGAGCAUGCACCUGCAGGCUGCGGAGGACAUGGAGGAGCCACUGGAUGACGAUGACGAGGAGGAAGAUGAAGAGGAUGAGGAGGAGGAGGAAGAGGAGAAUGAAGAAGAUGAAGAGGAUGAGGAGGAUAGCAGCAGUGUUUGCAGUGGACUGUCCGAUUCCAGCACCCAGAGCUUAGCCAACAGCGACUCUGAGGACGAGGAGGAGGAGGAGGAGGAGGAGGAGGAGGAGGAGGAUGAAGAGAAGUCUGAGAACUUUCAGAACGACACCCCGGCGUCUCACACUGAGGUAGUCCCGUUGUCCUCUGUGCUGUGUUACAGCGAUGGCUCAGUGGCACAUGAAAACCACAUGAAUGGGAACUCUUAUUUGAUGAACUCCUCUUCAGCUGAGUACUACCAGCUGGGGAGCUCCAGUGCUGUCUCUAACGGCCAAACCAGCCGACCCAGUGAACCUUACGGGGACGCCUUGGCAUUCCAAGAUCCGGUCAGCGCGACCAACGGCAGCGUGGCCCAAGGACCAUUCAACAUGUCUGCCGAGCAGUACACAGACUACUCUAAUCAAACUGAGGAACAAUACACAACCAAUCACCACUUCACUCUGACCAACGGUGCUCCUGCCGCCCCGUUGACCUGCUACACGCCUGAUCAGGAGAAGAAGGUGUUGUCCAAAGCAGCGUUUGUUGAGCAGCCGGACAACCAGUUUCAAAAAUACCUGAACAAUAACACCCAGGGCUCUUACAGCAACUCAUGUAUGACUGCAGAGCAGCCACAGCAAGAGCCCGCCGUUAACGGCCACUCUGACCUGACCUUACUAGGAAACAACACUAAGAACCUCCCUUUACCAGACCAUUGCCCUGAGGUCGCAGCCAUUUAGUGGGCCUCAACUUUUCAAGUGUUCUUUCAUUAUCGCAUCUCUACUUGACCAAGUGGUAUUUCAAGGGAGCAUAAUCAUGGCCUUUUUUUCCUGCAUUAUCUGGGUUAGGGUUAGGGUAGGGGUAUCUGACCUUAAAUUUCAAAGCAAUUUCCAGCAGCACCGUAGUACAUUUUCAUGCCUAACUAAAAAAGCCAUAGGGUCAUGAUGGCAAUGUUUUUGAGGAAUGAUUCACUCCCUCUCCACCGUGGUGCGCGCUUCACUGCAACAGAACAGAUCAAGAAGCAUUUUAAAGCAUCAAUUAUGUCAUGCCGUGCAAUGUAUCUUCAGAUGUAAAGUUCUAGUUUUAAGCAGAUAUUGUACUGUAGAUGGAACUUUUCUAUGUCUACUGUAUGUGUCAAAUGUGCAAAAAAAUACUGUCAGUUUAUUUAUUGCUUCUCAAUGUGUAUACUUAUAUAUUGUAAAUGUUUUGAUAACAAUACGCAUGCUGUUUUGGGGGGAAUCUCAGUAACAUUAAGGGGUGAAAAAUGCCAUUGUUUUAUAUAAAAAAAAUGUGUUGUGUACAUAAUGUACAUUUCUCUUCUUGUUUUUGUCACUAUUCUAUGCUUUUCUAUGGUUUUUGAAAGGCAUGAAAAUGGCUGUAUUUGUAUGUUUGGAAAUAGCAUAAAACGUCAAGGAAUUAGUUCACAGCCUUUUGCACUUACGUGUGGGGGUCCAGUGGCAUGCAGUUGGUUUUAACUGAUAAAUACUUGAACAGCGUUAAAAUAUGGCCCCUCACUUGUUUUUUUUAAUUUUUUUUCUCUGCUGUUCUCUCUUAGAAUAACAUGAUUAAACAAAUGGAGUUAUUCUUUGAAGCAUUUCAUUGAUACAGGGAUACUUAUAAAGUAGCACUUUGACAUAUUUCCAGAAGAGUAGCUCGCUGAUUCAUUACAGAAAAACACUGUUUUGUUGUCUGUUUAGACCUGGUAUUAGCCUGCACUUUGGGUGAUCUAAUUACAAGUGGACAGUGCUAAAUAAAACUGUAAACAGCCACCAAGACGCAUUGUGAUUGUAUUACUCAAACCACUUGCCAUGAUGGUCUGGGACGCAUUUGUCCACGUCUUUUGUAGUGUAAGGGCUCAUUUGUGCUCAACUUCUUGUAAAAGACACUUCAUUCAAACUCAACAGAAACAAAACAAAACUCACCCAAACUGUCUUGGUCACUCUUGCUGGUAAUCUAGUUGGUAAAACAACUGUUACAACAAUCACCAGCUUAGGUUUGGUCAAAAUAAAUCCUUAAUUCACAAAGAUAGAUUUAAAAACAUGCUGUCAUUCCCCACAGUUUCUUUCAGCCAUUGCUGGCUGCUGGCUGUUUACAAUCAUGUAACUUGUCCCUCUGCCACACGGUGUCACAGUGUUUUUCAGCUCAGUUGCCUGUUCAACCAGUAGAGCUCUGGUGGUGCAUGCUGUGCACUACAUAAAGUGGGUUUAAUAGAAAGAGAAGCGCCUGUAUUUAUGAUGGAAUUGAAAAAACAUUCCUUUGGGAAUAUCCUGGUGUAUCAUAAUGCUGCCUACGGUCUACAUCUGUCCAUUCUCUGCACUCAUUUUGUCCAUUUCCUGAAAACCUAGGGAUACGGAUGAAAUAGAGCAGUACCAAAGGAGAUUGUGGUGGCAAUGCAAAGUAGCUCAAGCGAGACAUGACCAUAAGAGACAACUAAAAAUUUUAAUCAUGGCAAAAUGCAAAGAAGUAAUAAUAUUUUGUAAUAUCUAGUGAAAAUAGUUAAAAUAAUUCUCUGUCCACACGUCGGGAUGUAUUUACUGGCUGCACAGACCACCGCCAUCUGGAAUAUUGCCUCUGUUUAAAGGUACAUUAUUACAAUCUCCUCCACCAUCACCUCGUUUGUUGUUUCGUGAAAUUUUUAUUCUUCCCUCUAGUACCAUCUAUUGGCUGCAUCUAUGCCAACAGGACACGUGGAAGUAUGAGGGCACUGACGUUUACAAAUUUGAAACGAAAAAUAUCUCUUUUCAUGCGUAAAGGGAGUUUAAAUGAGCCUGAAAUGCUAAUUCGUCCUCAUGUAUCCAUGACAAGGUUCACGUCAUCAGUGCAGAAUGUGGUAGUUGUUUUGGUGACAGUGCACUAAUGCUUUACAAGUUACCCAUUUUAUGUCGAGUUGGGUGAAGUGAUGCGUGACCGAUCAUCGUUUUGCCCUUAUGGAGGAAGCGUGUUGAAUUCUGCUGACAGUAAUAUGUCCAGCUGUACUGACACAACUGCCAUUGUAAUUAAUAAGCAUGCUACACAGCAGCUAGCUAAAGUAUGGAUGUACUAACAGUGCACAGAGCAGUAAGAAAUCUGAACACAAGUGGUCAGCUGAGGACACAUGAUGAACACAGGUGUGAACAGCGAUGUGUCUUUGCUGUUCACAUGUGGUCAGAUCACUGAAAGGCAUGUUAAUACCAGGGCUGAACAGGCUCACUGAAUUGUAACACAUAAGCAUUUGAAAAGCAUCAGUAACCAGUCUCCAUCAAAGUUCUGUAGACAAACUAUUGACCCGAGAUAAUGUGUUGGUAUUUCACAAAUGAACUGCUUAUUGGAUUUCUGCUUUUGAACUCUGCAUAAGCCACAUUCCUCCGUCUGAUAACUGAGAUGUUUAUUUAUGUGGAUCCAAUAAUGAUGCUGAUUUGCUCUAUUGAAGUGUUAAGUGCAAUAGUUUGAGGGUUUAUAAUAGGCAUUUUCUGUUAGAGAGGAUCCUCAAUGAAGUGGACUGAGAUUUUUUUUAAUUGACUGUUACGGCACUUGAUAUUGUACUUAAAGCACCAUUCGUUUAAUUUUUUUU